GCUGCGGAGAACUACAACUCCUAGCAGCCCCGCGGAGAGAGAGGCGAAGGGGCCUGAGUCACGUGGGUGCUGGGCCUGGGCGGGCUAUUUCUCAGUGCGGCGGUGGCGGCGGCGGCGGCGGCUCGGGGGACCGGGGCCUUUUGUCUGGAGCGGCUGCGGGGGGCCACGGAGCGGCGAGGCCCGCGGCCUUCCCCAGCUCGCUCGGUCCCGGCCGCCCCUUGCGGGGUUGCGGGGCCGCCCCGUGGGCCGCCUGUGGCCUCAGGCGCCGCCGCCCCGCCCUAGGCCCGCCCCGCCCGGCCUGAGGGGAGGAACCGGCCGGGCCUCGCCGCGCGGCCCAGCCAGCUAGGGAGUAUUCACCUCUCUUCGCUGAGCUCUGCACCCGAGGCUACCCCUCGCGCCUUAGGCCGACGCCAUGAAGAUCAAGGAUGCCAAAAAACCCUCUUUCCCUUGGUUUGGCAUGGACAUUGGAGGAACACUAGUAAAGCUCUCAUAUUUUGAACCUAUUGAUAUCACAGCAGAGGAAGAACAAGAGGAAGUUGAGAGCUUAAAAAGUAUUCGGAAAUAUUUGACCUCUAAUGUAGCAUAUGGAUCUACCGGCAUCCGGGAUGUACAUCUUGAACUGAAGGAUUUAACACUUUUUGGACGAAGAGGAAACUUGCACUUUAUCAGAUUUCCAACCCAGGACCUGCCUACUUUUAUCCAAAUGGGGAGAGAUAAAAAUUUCUCAACCUUACAAACGGUGCUGAGUGCUACAGGAGGUGGUGCUUACAAGUUUGAGAAAGAUUUUCGCACGAUUGGAAACCUCCACCUGCACAAACUGGAUGAACUUGACUGCCUUGUAAAGGGCUUGCUGUAUAUAGACUCUGUUAGUUUCAAUGGACAGGCAGAAUGCUAUUAUUUUGCUAAUGCCUCAGAACCUGAGCGAUGCCAAAAGAUGCCUUUUAACCUGGAUGAUCCUUACCCACUGCUGGUAGUGAAUAUUGGCUCAGGAGUCAGUAUUUUAGCAGUCCAUUCCAAAGACAACUAUAAAAGAGUGACUGGGACAAGCCUUGGAGGGGGCACCUUUCUUGGUUUAUGUAGCUUAUUGACUGGCUGUGAAAGUUUUGAAGAGGCUCUGGAAAUGGCAUCCAAAGGAGACAGCACCCAAGCUGAUAGGCUGGUCCGAGAUAUUUAUGGAGGAGAUUAUGAAAGAUUUGGUCUGCCGGGUUGGGCUGUGGCAUCUAGUUUUGGUAAUAUGAUUUAUAAGGAGAAACGAGAAAGUGUUAGUAAAGAGGAUCUGGCAAGAGCUACUUUAGUUACUAUCACCAAUAACAUUGGUUCCGUGGCACGAAUGUGUGCUGUCAAUGAGAAAAUAAAUCGGGUUGUCUUUGUCGGAAACUUUUUACGUGUCAAUACUCUCUCUAUGAAACUUCUGGCAUAUGCCUUGGAUUACUGGUCAAAGGGUCAGUUGAAAGCGUUGUUUCUAGAACAUGAGGGAUACUUUGGAGCUGUUGGUGCACUUCUUGGACUGCCAAAUUUCAGCUAAAACGUCAGAGAUCUUUACUAAGGAAUGUCAUCCAGCAGGAGCUGAUCCAGAAACUGCAUUCUUCAUUUGUCCCUGGGAACCAAAGGAUAAAGAGUAACUCUAUUUGUGUUCAUUCUAAAUGUCAGAACGGUAAGCUCGUGAGCUUUGCCGUAUGGAAAGACCUACAAUGGGAAAUAUCCCUCAAUGAUGUCCCCUUGUAUGUAUAGAUAGCCAGCGUUUCAUCUUAAAUGCAAUACAGCCUCUUGAUUGUUGAACUUUUCUCAAUGAUUUUCUAUUUAUUUGAUGCAGCCAACAUUGUAGUACUUUGUGCUCAGACACAAAUCUUAAAAUCUCAGAAAUGUUUGUUUAUGCAAAGUAAUUGAUUCUAAAUAUUUGUUUGAGUCUGUUUUAUGUAUGUUUGGUUACUAGUGAGCAGGAAGUAACACUCAUAAUUUAUUGUACUGGCAAUCAAAGAUCAUUUUUUGUGACUUAGAAAUGUUAAAGGGCAAUAUUAAGUAUUAACUGGUAGUUUUAUAACAUAUCCUCAGAAAAACAUGUCUAUAUGACCUCUGCCCAUAAGUAUGAUUUUCUCUCAGAUGAUGAGUUGAAAUACUGUGUUUAAACAUGAACCUGAAUUUUCUAUUGAAUCCCUGAGGUUUUUGCACAUUUGGCGCUACACUUUCUUUAUCUCGUGCACUAAUCAGUAUAUGUGUUUACUGUUUUUAAAAUUGAGGGCAUAAUCACAUACUUUGGAGUCUAUCUAGUUAAGUCCUUGGACUGUUCAAAUGGAAUAUGGGUAGAGUGAGUGGCAUUCUGCUUUCUCUACCAUGUGUAUCUCAGGCCCAAAUGUGCUUUUCUUAUCAUUAGAUCUGAACUAUGGACACUGAUUUAUAUCCUGCUGUAAACAGUAGCAAUGGGCAGAAUCAGAUGCUGUCUAAAAGAAUGUUUUGAAAUUACAUGACUCUGGAACAGUGUUGCUAAAUUACAAAUAGAUCAAUGUUUAUGGGUUUUGGUCAUAAAAGCAUUGCAGAUCCAGAAUUUGUCUUUCUGCUUGAAAUUUAUUCUUGGGUUGGAAUUCCUGUUUUUUUAUAAUGUUAAAAUCUCUCAGAGUAACAUUUUGGAUGCCAUUAGUUCCAUAAAGUUGAGUCUGUAAGGGAAAUAGACCUAUAUUAAUUUCUGAUAUUUCUGGAAGUAAUCUUAAAGAGGUUAGAGAUUGUUUACAUUUCAAAGAAUAUUUCAGUGUAGUUUCUGAGACCCCAGUAUUCAGAGUUUACAACAGACUGUCAAGAGGUGCUUGAUAAUGACAGGUCUCUGGAGCCAAGUGUGGUGUCUUAUGGUUUUAAUCUCUGCACUUGGCAGGCAGAGGCAGGCGAAUCUCUUGAGUUCGAGGCCAGCCUGGUCUACAGAGUGAGUUCCAGGACAGCCAGGGCUACAUAGGGAAACCCUCUUUCCAGGGUAAAUAAAGGGCCAGUCUCUGUGUAGUUUAUGUGCAAGUGUUUAAAUUUCAAUUUUCUUUACCUAAAAAUACAAACAUACAAAUAGUAUUUGGGGAGGGAAGCAUAUGAAUAAAGUGUUUGCCCAGUAAACAUUUAAGUCUACAAUGAUGUCAGUGUUUGCAUCUCAGUAGCCACUUAUUCCAGUUGUGAUACUACUGCUUUCUUUGUUUUAAAUGGUUUUUUUUUUUUUUUUUUUUUUUUUUUUUUUUUUUACUUGAGUGUGCAGAUAAGAAAACAAUUGAAUGAUAGAAACUGUAGAUUAUCUACUGUGGAAAUUCUAUACAUUAGCAACUAUAGGCUUAGGGCUAUCUUUAAAAGAUUGACAGUUCUUAUGUUAAUUUGACCACUCUGCUUUGGUUUAUAUAGAACUAACAUUUUGCCAUUUGGAACUGAAAUUAACUACUAAGGUCCACAUAAAGUGAACCAAUUAGUUCAUACAUUUACCUUUUUUUUUUGUUUGUUUGUUUGUUUUUUGUUUUUUGGGGGUUUUUUGGAUUUGUUUUUUUCGAGACAGGGUUUCUCUGUAUAGCCCUGGCUGUCCUGGAACUCACUCUGUAGACCAGGCUGUCCUCAAACUCAGAAAUCUGCCUGUCUCUGACUCCCAGAGUGCUGGGAUUGAUUACAGGUGUGUGCCACCACCGCCCGGCUUUUUUCUUUUUUUCUUUUUUUUUACAUUUACCUUUUUUUAAGUGUAAUCUGUAAUUACCGAAUUAAUAAUACAGAAUCAUAAUUGAUAAAGGCUACCAAGAUUCUAAUCUAACCUUUAUUGCUCUUGAGAAAUUAAUUCCCUGUAUACAUGCUGUCAUGGAGGUUUGCUUCUGGUAUCAAUCAACCUAAUUAAAGGUCUGUGUUCUUAAAACAGUGCCAUUUAAUAGAUAAAGUGUAAACUAUAUAUAAUUUUAUAAUUUUUCUAGUAAAUGCAUUAAAGCUAACAAGAAAUAAGUAAAGGUCAUUUUAGUACCUUUUUUUUUUUUAACCAGUAUAUCUAAUAUGUUAUUUCAGUGUGAAAUUGGCACAAAAAAUUGGGAGAUGUGUUUUGUCCUCUUGUUUAUUUUGUUUUCAUUAUUUAGUCUUCAGUUGAUAUAUAUUUUAUAUUUAAUGACACAUUUCAAUUUUGGACUGCCCACCCUAGUGCCCACCGUGUUAGUGUUUUUCUAAAGCUACUUUGUUUUGGUUUUGUUUAAGACAGCCUCAACUAUAUAUCGCUGGAUGGCUGAGAACUGGCUAUGUAGACCAGGCAAGCUCUAAACUCAAAUCUACCUGCCUCUGCCUCUGCAUGCCAAGAUUAAAGGUGUGCUGGGAGUACUUUCAAGAGAGCACUAUUAUGUCCUUGAAAACUUUGAAUAUGGGCUUUUAAAAGAAUGAGAAGGGGGGAAAUGAUAACUUCUUUUUUAAAAUAAAGACAAGACCAUUUAUUUGGGCCAGUUUAUUUUACACACAUAAGCUGUCACUAUUUCAAAAAUACUGUAUAUUCUCAUCAUGUCAUCUCUUGUGUAUGGGAUUUUUCUAAUAACUGAUACUGAUAAAACUACCUGUGACACAUCCUAGUAGUUAGCAAUUACCAAACUAAUAUAUUUCCUUCAUGGAAGCAAAAUUAAUUCCAGGGACUUAGUUUCUAAAGUUUCUGAGUUUUGUGCAGUCAAUUUUGAAAGAUUACCAAGAGACACUUUUUAUCUCAUUGUUAUUUUUUAUACAUACAAAGAGUCUUUAUAAAAAUUCUGAUAACUUUCAAAUGCUACGAGCAUUGUCAGCCAUGGUUUUGGUGGUAAAACACGCACACAAAUCUAAAACACCACCUCUCCCCCAAAAGGUUGCCUUUUAACUAAACCUCUCCAGGCAUCUGUAUAUACACAGGCCAUAGCAUAGCAGUUCCUUCCUCGGCUACUCUGAGUAGGUCGGGGAGUAGUGGAUUUCUCUUUAGGUUAAAGUCAUUGCCAAGGCUAGGCCAAUAAUAUGCAUGAUAAUCGAAAGCCUGCCCCCUCAAGGUUAUUUGCAAAUACUGGACUCUCGGAAGCUCUAAAUGGAUGUGCCCUUGAGUGCAAGGAUUGCCUCCUGUUAGGUGCCCAUUCCUAAAGAUAAUGCUGUUCUGUGGGUUACAUUCUUGAGGGAGGAAAGUUCAUCUGGCUACAGUUUCUAAAUAUCCUUUAUAAAACUACUUUGUUAGAAACAAAGUACUUUCUUAUUUAGUUUAUAAUAUCUUUUGUUGAGCACUUUAUCUUUGUUAAUGUUUGGCAUUUUCGAAUAUAAUUCAGAAAUUCUAGGUUAUACAAAAAACGGAUAAAGCAUAAUGAAAAUGAGUGUACAUUACUUUGCAUUCAACUUCAGUUUUGUAGUGUGUAGACAAAACAAUAGAACUACUUUUGUAAAAAUACUAAUAUUUAAGGUGAUUGCCUCUGUUGUCUUCCCACCUAGGCUCCUAUGUCACUGAGUGCACUUCAUUCAGCAAUACCGCCUGCUAGCUUCAUCUGUGUCACCAGAUUUGUGUCUUGUUUGGUUUUUGCUUUUUUGAGACAGGGUCUCUGUGUGUAGUCCUGGCUGUCCUGGAACUUUUGUUAUGUAGACCAGGUGGCCUCAAACUUAAAGAUCCCCUUGUCUCUACUUCCCAAGUGCUGGCAAUAAAAGCAUGUGCCAUCACAUCCAGCCUGCAUCACAAAAUUUUUGUUUUACAAUCGGUAACAGGGAUUGUCUCAGUGUCAAUAAUAUACUGAUGUAAUCCUUUUUUCCUUUGAAGUAUUAAGAUAGCCAGUUCAAUACAGCAACGUAAAGAGUGUCCCAAGUUUUUGCUGUCUUUUAUUCUACUUGCAAAAUUAAAACACUCCCCACUGUGCUGUCUUAAGUAUUCAGUACAUGAGGGAUUCUGCUUUGAUACAAUGUUUUACAGUGUUCUGGUCAUUGGCCUAGCUUCUUCAAGUGUUCUCUUUAUUUGUUAACCAGGAAUUCGGUGGCCACCGUGGGAAAUGACACUGUUGCUAGGAGCCUGAGCAUGACAAUUGCUCCAUUCCUGGCAGUGCUUACGGAUGACUUACACAUUUCAGAUGCUAUCAUGUUCAAGAGUUGAUUGUCAGUGCUUUAUAGUAUUUUAAUAAUUCCUGUCUUUCAUUAGUGUAUGUUUACUAUGAAAGACAUGAAUUAUUACUUUAAAAUUAAAAUUUACUUUUGAAAGUACUUACAAAACCAGAAAAAAAAGCUAUUGUCAUUACUUCCUGUGAUAGCUAUUGGAAAAUACAUGUGUACAUUCAUCUGUAAUGUCUUGGAUUUUAACUUUUAACCUCAAAAUUAUAUAGGGAUUGUUAUUAUUCUUCAUUUGUACAAGAUAAAAAUACCGCUCAAAAUUCAGAAAUGUCGAAGUAUUAGCUAUAUUUGGAAUUUGAGUAGCCCCUCUCUUUGACCUGUUUUUAUUUCUAAUCAUUGUGUGAGGUCACAGGUGGGGGAACACAAAGCUCUUCUGAGAUUAUUGUAUUUGUCUGACACACAGUUCCAGGAACAUUUACAGAAUAAAAAUGGAAUCACCUGCACGUAGGUUGGACUGGAUUACAGUCCUACCUAAUAAGGCAGUAAAAGACCUUAAGAUCUCUUUUCUGACCUGUGGGAGUAGACCUGUGUCUGACCCAAUGUCAUCCUAAAAGUCAGUGUGGGCUGAUGCUGGAAUCCUGAUGCUUGGCGAUCUGAUCUUAAUUCACAAACUAGUUUGUCUUCUAAACAAAGUUUUUGGCUUUAGAUUCUUUUUACUGCAGCUGCUGUUAAUUUUAUGUUUAAAAGACCUGGUAAAGAAUGUAACUUCCACAGAAAGCAUUUUCAUUUUUACAUAACCUUAAAGUACCAUAAGUGAUGUAAAAUAGUUUGAGAUCACAAUUGUUUUGGUUUUGUGCUUCAAAACUGAGUGUCAUUGUGACUGGGGGUCAUCAGGAUGUCACAGAGAGUCACUCCGUACUUAAUUAACCCUGCUACUAAGCCAUUUGGAAAUUGGCCAGUUUUUUCUGAAUGAACCUUUAGAGUUUACAGCAUUUAGAAGGAAAAAUAAUUUUAUAAAAUCUAAGGCUCAUGCUGUAGUGUCCUAUUCCUGCCUGUAAUCCCUGGACCCUGCAGAGAGUGAGGUUCGAAUACUUUGUCACUGUUACUCACUGUGUUGGAGUUAAGGGACCUCCUGGCAUUUAACUGGAGUGAUGGGCAUUCCUGUUCCUUCUGAUGAAAUCAUUCCUCGGUGGUUUCUGUCCCAGCUUCCUUUACUCACACAUUCACGUCAGCGCAGGCUGCCUUACUCUGCUGGCUGCAUCAUUCCUGUCAGGGUCAAGCUUUGUUUAUGUUUAGAGUCUUCUAAUAUUAAAUCUUAUGUAAAAAUGUAUGAUGUACUACAAACUUUAUGCAUAACAAGACUAAGUUAUAGCCUAUUGUAACCUAUAAAGCACUUCUUGUAAAUGAUCUAAUUUAUUUUUCCAUUUAUGUACAGUUUCUUAAUGUAAAUUUGAAAAAUAUUGGUUGUGCCCUGCUCUGUAAACAUUCCCUUAAUGCUUAUUUGCAUGAAAAAAUUUGGGGUUCUACUUGUUUGUACUAUGUAGCCGUAAGCUGGGUUUGGGUGUCUACCUUUUCUGUAGUUUCUAACUUUUUUAAUUUGUUAAUAUUCUAAAUAAGCGUUAGAAUCAUGCUUUUAUACCCCACUUUCCAAAUAAAUCCUCCUCUUUACUA